UUUCCUGUUGGCUGCAGCACUUGCAGUAGAAGUACUCACUGCAUAAUUGAUAAAGACAUUUUUUAUCGCUGUCAUGGCCGCCGUGUCAUCGUGGCUAUGUAUUACAAUAUGACUCAUGACCAUAUAGAAAAUGGAGAAAGCUGGCAAUAAAUCAAGGAUUUAUCUCAAUAGCAUAGCCAAAACAACGAGAACAGUCAUGGAUAUGUCGUCGAUGGGAUACGCCACCUGGGCAGCAAUCUUGACCCCGGCCUUCCUAUUGGGCGUAGUUUACAUACACGCAAGCAAUUAUCGCCGAAAAGCUGCAGUAGCUAACUUGGACCACGUCCGGAUGGAGGGGAAGACGGUCAUCAUAACAGGAGCUUCAGCAGGCAUUGGAAAAGAGACAGCGAGAGAUUUGGCAAGAAAAGGGGCAAGAUUGAUAUUGGCCUGCAGAAAUAUUCCAAAGGCCACGAAAGUUGCAGAGGACAUACGAAACACGACGGGGAAUAAACAAAUCUAUGUAAAGCAACUGGACACUUCGUCACUGGCCUCCGUUCGAAAAUUUGCUAACGAGAUUUUGGUUGAGGAAAAAAGAUCUUUAUCGAUCCGGUAAUUUAAAGUGUUAUUGAUGAUGCUCAGCCUACACCUGGGACUUCUGAUAUCCCAACUGGUGAACCUGCGGAAUCAGACACGCUUGGGCCUGGACCGUCACAUCGAAGACCCGCAAAAAAAACAAAACAAAAAAACAGAGUAUCGACGAGACCCAACUCCUGCAAGAGGCGUAUAAUGAGCUAAAGUCGUUGUCCCAAGGUGAAAAUACUUUCUCCGCUUUUGGAACUGUCGUCUCUAAUAAUUUAAAUGAAAUGAAUGGUGAAAACCAGAUAUAUGCUCAAAAA